AUGGACGCGGCACUUGCCGUACCACGCGAGCGACGCGGCGGCGGGCGUGGUGGUCCCCGCGGCGGCGUGCACAAGAAUCGGGUCUGGAGGCCCGAUGGAGCGCGUGGGAAUACUCCUGGCAGUGGUGCGGAUGCUGCACGGUGGGAGCGCGGUGGACACUCUGGUGGUGCUGGGCGAAGUCGGGGACGCGGGCGAGGGAACAGGACUCUGCGCAAUCCACCCCGCGACGCAUUUGGCGGCAGUUCGGAAAAUGCCGGAGAGAGCGCGGACGAGGGGAUGUACGGCAGUGCGGACGAAGGCUCAUACCUCAGCGGCGACGAAGGCUCGGUCGCCGCCGGAGAGGACUAUGAGUUUCCGCCCAUAGUCGAGCCUGAGCUCAAGACGCAGGAGGAAAAGGACGAAUUCUGGCGCAAGCUGGAGAAAUUGCGCGAGGAGGACAGAGAAAAGGCGAUCCAAGAAGGAAGGAUGACCAGGCCGGGCACGCAAAUAGCCUAUUCGGACCGCAUCGACAUUCUCGGGACAUGUCCUGACAUGUGUCCUCGCUUCGAGCGUUACCGUCGCGACCGGCAGGUUUACACACACAAGCUCGAAUGGUAUCCUGGUACCAGAAUCAUGGAUCACAACAGGGCUGUCAAGAUGUACGAGCGUGGAGCAGGUGACAAAUGGCAGCCUUCCGAUAUUCGCCCUGCGAUUGUGUGCAAGAGAACGCUCGAUUACCUCUUUCACAAGAUCCUACCUGAAGCCGGACACUGGCCAGCACACUCGUUCCUGAGGGACCGCACACGCUCAAUACGACAAGACUUACUAUUGCAACCCACUCACUCGCGCGAAAUCAUUGUCGAAUGCCAUGAACGGGUCGUUCGAUACCACAUUCUCAGCACACACUACCUCAAAGCCAAGAUCGACGUCUUCUCGGAGUCCGAACUAGUCAUUGCGUGCCUGAGCAAACUCAGAGAGCUAUACGCGGGUUUUGCGUCAGACGGAGGACCUCCAUACGAACCCAUCGACUCGCCGAACAUACUGGAGAUGUAUAUCUACUGGCGCCUCUGGAGUAUCCGCGAAGCCGACAAGACUCAAGCGCACACUAUUCGCCAAGUCCCUGUCCCCGACCGAAUCAAGCAAGAUCCCGUAUAUCAAGUCGUCGAGCGCUUUGCGACGACUAUAGUCCGCGCUACGGGUGAGAUGGGAAAGAAGACGGCAUUGAAGAUUGACCAGGAGGCGAUGAGCAUAUUCCACGAGCUCGUGGCGAUUCUGCAGGCACAGACACAUGCUAUCAUCGCGUUUCUCGUCGCGUGCACUUUCGAGAGGGAGUUUGGAUCGGAGAAGGUCGGAGACUUCGAUCAUCUACGACAAGGGAUGAGCCUGCCAUACCUGAUCGACGGGCCCAACGCCCACUCCUACGACCGCUGGGAACACCAAAACGGCAUCACGGACCUCAACAAGCCAGGUGGGGAAGAGUACGCUCCGGCUGGUAACGUCAAGACUGCCAAAGCUGAGAACGCGUUGACUAUGUCAGCACCGUUGGGCGGGGAGAACGCUCUAUCUGCCGCUGCCCCCUUGGCUUCGACACCUACACCUGCGCCUGUAGUCACUCCAUCUCCUGCGCCGACUCCUGCGCCACCUCCCGCACUCGCCUCGGCACCGACGCCUGCACCAGCUACAUCGUCGCUCUUCGCCACCUCAACUUCAGCGAACGCGUUCGGCUCCACGAGUGCUUCCACUGCACCAUCGCCCUUCAGCGCUCCGUCACAGUCGUCCGCUCCCAACGCAUUCGCCAAUCUCACAAGCCAACCUAAUCCGUUUGGCGGAAAGACAUCUGCGUUUACGUCAUCAGCCUUCAGCAAGCCGAGCAACUCACCGUUCAGUAGCUCUGGGUCGGGGUCACCCUUCGCUUCCGGCAGCGGUCAAAAUGGCUUGAGUAGGACCACAAGCGCAUUUGGCAAAACAUCCACCUCAGCAUUUGCCACGGCACCCUCAGAACCCCCUGCGCCUCAACAACCGUCAGAACCCGCUGCAAUGCCCAAGACGAACGGCAUCUUCUCGACGCCUUUGACGGGAGUCCCGUUCGCACCACCUGCGGCAACUCCGGCGCCGGCUAAGGGCAUAUUCUCCACGCCUUUACCUACGGCUCCGUCUCAAUCAGUCCCUGUACCGGCGCCUGUGGCACCUAGCUUUCCUUCCUCCUCCCAGCCCAUGCCAUCAUCGCUAUUCGGCACCUCGGCGCUUAAUCCUCAGGCGCCGGCGUUCGCACCCAAGGCUGCCCCACCAACGAGCAUAUCUACUACGCUACCUACACAACCACAAGAAGACGAACCCAUGUCUGUUCCAACACCAACGUCAACGACCUCGCAACGACCCCUCCUUACACGCUUAACGACCUCCCUACCCUCCACAUCUUCGCUCGAAACCGCAAAACCGAACGGCUCGAUAUUCCCCAAACCACCACAUCCAGCCCCACAAGCGGGGCCGAUCGCAGGACCUGCCAUAUCCGCGCCCGUACCGAAGCUGCCCAGUCCUAUAGCACCGUCACCCUCUCUGCAACAACCACCAGCGCCUAGGAUGGACCUGUUGUCACUUCCGCCUACACCAACGGCUACGGGCUACGAGAGUCCCAUCAAGACCAAACCACUGUCACUAUUCGGCAAUGCGUCGUUCAACUCGUCAACUGCGUCGCUCAACGAUGGUAUCCUCAGCCCACUGAUGCUAUCGGGCCCGUCUGUCGCACGCUCAUCAUUCUCGGCUGGUGCGGGUCCUGUGUCGACGCCGACACAAAGCAAAGGGAUCCAGCAGAGCCUGUCAAGAAGACCGUCGGUCGCGGAUUCGCCGCUGAAGAAUGCAGUGGCAAGAUCAUCUGUCGAGACGGCUUCCACGUCAGCGGGCCCUUCCAUCCCUGCACCAUCCUUCACAGUCGGUGCCACCCCCACAUCGCGCGACAAGGGCAAGCAGAAAGCAGCUCCACAACUUGCGGAUGAUGAAGAGGACCCGAUCUUCGUUUCCCGCGCGGACGCUCUGUUCAUGGCUCGUCCUUUCCACGCAUGGAAGACCAAGUCCGACUACGCGCGUGCGGUCAAGCGCAGCGCCGAAUACAGGACGAACAUGGCUACAAGUAUGAGUGCGCCUGUGUUGGGGGCCAGGAAACGUGUGCAGAGCCAGAGUGUGGAGAAGGAGAAGGAUGUGGACAUGAAGGACGUGAGGAGGGUUAGGAGAAGAAAGAGUGCGCGGUUUGUGCAGCCGAGGACGGAUGAGGAGCUGGCAGCGCGAUUCCAGGAGAACAGCGAGCAGAACAAACGGCGCUGGGAGUCCGGAACCUUCUUGCGCGCUUUGCGCAGUCAUAUCGGCGAGCAGCCGUUUGACUGGGCGCUCUGGUUGUCCGUCAAUGACAACGACUCUGAGGAGGCGACGGCGACUUGGGUGCAGAAGAAGUUCGAUGUACCAGACUCAGGAGCGUGGCGCGAUGCGAAUGUGUUCAGUGUGCCGCUCACUCCACAUGCUGAAGCCGCGUCGCCUGGUCUCAUCGUCUUCGAGUGUACUCCUGCGAAUGGCGUGGACGACAUCGAGAAGCGCUACCGAGCGUUGGACGAUUACGCACGCUUCAAGGGCAUCCUGAAGUCCUUGCCGGAAGAUCGGCAUUUCAUUCCGGCAUUGCUGCUUGUGAUUUGGGAUAGCGGAGUGGUACCAGACGACCUUAACAAGGAGAUGCUUUCCGCAGUGAAUAGUGGUGUCCUCCGAUCCUACGCCGUAUUCUCCCUGACCGCGUCUACGGACGAUCUUGACGAACGCUUCACUCGUCUUUUGGACGGCCUUAACCUUGACACAGUCGGCGGCCUUGUCGAGAUGUUCUCAGCACAAGAGCUUCUUGAGGAGUUCCUGGCGCCGUGCAAAGAGUACGCGGGAGACUGCGUGGCUCGGUUCAUCGGCGAGGCAGAAGGCGACGUGGGCGUGCUUACCCAAGUCAUUCAGACUGUGGUUGAUCUGUUGAACCGAGUCUCGCGUCAAUACACGACGCAUGUCGAUGGGCGCAAACUCGAAGACGCCCUGCCCCCUUUUGCCGCUAGUGUAAGGUCAACCAGUGCCCUUUACGACGUAGUGUAUUCGUGGGUCGAGAGUCCGGCCCUGCGCGUCUACUCACAAGAGUGCCGUGCCGAGCUGGGUGCCUCGAGAGUCGCGGGAGAAGAUUUCCCGGCCGAGCGUUUCAUGGCCUAUCUGUUCGACCUCGCGUCGGCGCGCGUACUGUCAAUAGUCUCAGCUGAGAUGGACCGCAUCUACACCGCGACACAUCGCGAUCUCGACGGUAUCAAGCAUGAUGUCGAUGCCGAAGUCGCACAGGCCGCCGAGCGCUUGCGUCGCGUGUUCGCGUUUAUCCCGCGGUCGAAGAGACGCUCACCGGAAGAGGACGAAGAGCGGCUUGCCUCUGAAACGUCACGCGCGACUAAGAAAGCCCGAAUGUCCUUCACCGACGAUGAGGUUCGCGCGAGCGAGAAUGGGGUUGUGAACGGGAUCAACGGCCAGGUGCAUACAUCCGGGGGAAGCCCUCCGCCGCCCUCGCAGACACCUUCACCCGCGUCAUCGUUCCGUUCUAUUGCCGAUGAGAGCAGACCGCCUAUAACGGCUUCAAUGCUUCGUGCCCUCGCUCAGAAUGUGCUCAAGAAGAACAAGCGCAGCUGA